ACAGCCCAGUUGUAGAAGCCUAAACGGGAAUUGGCAACGCCAGUGUCCAGGAGCGAGCAGCCGGGUAGAGCUUUUGGUCGCCGGUUGCUGCUGCCGCUGCUGUUGUUAUUGUCAUCAUCAUCACCUCGUUUCGCUGGGAUUUGCUUUAAAGGUGAUGUGACGUGAAAAAAAAAAAAAAAAAGAAGCCCAGGCGCCAUCAGAAGCAAGCCCAGCCGACUUUCCAGCCCUGGAGGACUUGACGGACUUCUCGCCGAAUAAGACCAACGAGAUGCGCCUCCAUCCACCAAUGUCCUGAUAACCACAGAAUUCAACCUGCAGCGCGAACAAGCCAGUGACCUGCCAACAGGACCGAGUGACAUAUAGGUUUCAAGCUCCAGUUCACAGAACAGGCAUCAUGUCUUCCCGGGAGCGUCGCUCUGAUGUCUACAUAAAGGCGGAGCCGAGCAGCCCAGAGGGAGGCGGGGGAGGUCGGACCAGCCCCGGCGGGGCCUCCUCGGACUCCUCUCAGAGCGGCGGCGGGGGGGCCAGGGGGGACGGCGCCAAGCGCUACUCGCCGCCGCUCUACACCCCGGCGCUGCGCUGUCAUUUCAAAGACGAGGGCGGCGACGGGGCGGAGGAGGGCUCCGCCGGCAACGGAGCGGGGCGAUGCAAGUACGCCCUGAGCACGCUGCCCAAGAGGCUGUGUCUGGUGUGCGGCGACGUGGCGUCAGGGUAUCAUUACGGCGUGGCGUCAUGCGAGGCCUGCAAAGCCUUCUUCAAGAGAACCAUUCAAGGUAAUAUUGAGUACAGCUGCCCUGCGUCCAACGAGUGCGAGAUCACCAAAAGGCGACGAAAAGCCUGCCAGGCAUGCCGCUUUACUAAGUGCCUCAAAGUAGGCAUGCUGAAAGAGGGAGUACGUCUCGACAGAGUCAGGGGUGGAAGGCAGAAGUACAAAAGGCGCCCGGAGGUGGAGAACGCAACAUAUCAGAGCGCUCCUCUAUCUCUCACUAAAGAAAGUGAAAAAGGUUCUUCCAACAUCAUCGUGUCCCAUCUUCUGGUGGCGGAGCCCGAAAAGCUGUUUGCCAUGCCGGACCCUCUGCAGCCGGACACGGCCCAGCGCACGCUCACCACCCUGUGUGACCUUGCCGACCGCGAGCUGGUUGUGAUCAUCGGCUGGGCCAAACACAUUCCCGGCUUCCUGUCUCUGUCCCUGGCCGACCAGAUGUCGGUGCUGCAGUCCGUGUGGCUGGAGGUGCUGGUGCUGGGCGUGGCGUUCCGCUCCAUCGGCUGCGAGGACGAGGUGGUCUUCGCCGAGGACUUCGUCCUCGAUGAGGAGAUGUCACGCGUUGCUGGAUUGACGGAGCUGAACGCCGCGAUCAGCCAACUGGCCCGCCGUUUCCGUGCGCUAAACGUGGACCGGGAGGAGUUCGUCAUGCUAAAAGCCAUCGCCCUCACAAACUCAGACUCCGUUUACAUCGAGGACAUGGAGGCUGUGCAGAAGCUCCGGGACCUCCUCCACCAGGGCCUGCUGGAGCUGGAGUGUCAGCGGCGCCCAGACGACCCCCAGCGGGCGGGGCGCCUCCUCUUAACGUUGCCUCUCCUCCGACAGACUGCCGGCCGCGCGCUCACCACCUUCUACAGCAUCAAGACCCGCGGCGGCGUUCCCAUGCACAAACUAUUUCUGGAGAUGCUGGAAGCCAUGAUGGACUCUCCUUAGAGGGCCGAGCAAAGGACAUAAAGAUGGGAGGGGGGGGGGGGGGGGGGAACCGACAGAGAACUGGUCUACAAGAGUGGACAAGUGGUUUAUAAAAAAAAAAAAAGGAAAGUUUUUAAUAGAGAACUAAUAAUGAGGGAUUUAUGCUUCUUGUUUUAAGCUGCGUGAACAAAGAAAAUGCGAGAAAAGGAAGAGAAAAAAAAAAGCAUAUUCACAUUUCUAGGAGGGAUUUUGCUUUUUACACCAUGAGGGUACCUGCCAAGUUCCAGUAAGAAGAAGAAGAAGAAGAAGCCAUGACUGGGUGCAGAAUAUUUCACUACUUUCAUGGAGGGCUUUUUUUUUUUCAUGCCAUCAAUCUACAAAUACUUUACCACUUUUAGGUACACCGCAACCGCUUUUGAACUUUUUAACACAACGCUACAUCUGCACAUAAAAGCCAUAUUUAGACAUCCGGCGUGAAGCUCGAGGGUCCGUCAAGGCGGGGGUGCGGGGGUGCGGGGGGGUGCUGGAGUUGUUGGCGAACCAUAGGAGUUACUUGCAAUAUGUUAAAAGCAAUAUUGUCCGUGACGUUCAAAAAUACAGAGAACAAGAUGCUCGUUAGUAUUUGUGUGCGUCAGUUUCUCUCCAAAACUUUGGACCCCAAGUGCUUAUUAUUAUUAUUUUUUUUUUAUUUCUGUCAUCUCGUGUUCUAGGAAUACGGGAUGACUGGGCGGAGAACAGGAAAGACUGCAGCUCUUUUUCUAAGUUAAACCAGAGGGUUAUUUAACAUUAAGCCACCGGGAAUCCGGACGGAUUCAAGCAAAACUCGCGGCGCACAGGAGGAACGUGCAUCCGUACCGUUCUGCGUUUGCCGUAAAUCCUAACGGCAGAACCACGGCUUCCAGGAUGCCCGUCUGCGAUGGUGUGCAGUGGAAACAAAUGAGAUCAGGGAAGAAAUCAACUUUUUCACAUUGAACGCUUCUGUGGCUAUACCAGCGGUUGGAAAAGAGAUGGAUCCGCCUCAUUUGCUAGUUUUUUAUAUAUAUAUAUAUAUAUAUAUAUAUAUAUAUAUAUAUAUAUA